AUGGUGCUAGAAGGAAACCCUGAAGUGGGGUCUCCCCGAACCUCAGACCUCGGGCACCCAGGGAGCCAGGGCUCUUGUGUCCUCUCUUCUCCUGGUGAAGAUGCGCAGCCAGGCGAGGAGCCCAUCAAGUAUGGCGAACUCAUCGUCCUGGGAUGCUGUGAGGAAGGAGGUGAGGAAACCGAGGCUCAGAGAGGGGAAGUGACUGGUCCAAGGGCACACAGCUGCUACAAUGGGUGUCUGGCAACUGGGGACAAGGGCCGCCGGAGAAGCCGCCUGGCACUGAGCCGCCGGCCCCAUGCCAACGGAGUGAAGCCAGACGUCAUGCACCACAUCUCCACACCGCUCGUCUCCAAGGCACUGAGUAACCGUGGCCAGCACAGCAUCUCGUAUACACUGUCCCGGAGCCACUCGGUCAUAGUCGAAUACACACAUGACAGUGACACAGACAUGUUCCAGAUCGGCCGUUCCACCGAGAACAUGAUCGACUUUGUGGUAACGGACACAUCGCCUGGAGGAGGGGCCGCCGAGGGCCCCUCUGCCCAGAGCACCAUCUCCCGCUAUGCCUGCCGCAUCCUCUGUGACCGCCGGCCGCCCUAUACUGCCCGCAUCUAUGCUGCUGGCUUUGAUGCCUCCAGCAACAUCUUCCUUGGAGAGCGGGCAGCCAAGUGGCGGACCCCCGACGGCCUGAUGGACGGCUUAACCACCAAUGGGGUCCUGGUGAUGCACCCAGCAGGCGGCUUCUCUGAGGACUCGGCCCCGGGUGUCUGGAGGGAGAUAUCAGUCUGUGGGAAUGUGUACACUCUGAGGGACAGCCGCUCGGCACAGCAGCGAGGGAAGCUGGUGGAAAACGAGUCUAAUGUGCUGCAGGACGGCUCCCUCAUUGACCUGUGUGGGGCCACGCUGCUAUGGCGCACGCCAGCAGGGCUGCUGAGGGCACCCACGCUGAAGCAGCUAGAGGCCCAGCGGCAGGAAGCGAACGCAGCACGGCCCCAGUGCCCCGUGGGCCUCAGCACCCUGGCCUUCCCCAGUCCGGCCCGUGGCCGCACAGCACCCGACAAGCAGCAGCCCUGGGUCUACGUCCGUUGUGGCCACGUCCACGGCUACCACGGCUGGGGCUGCAGGAGAGAGCGGGGCCCCCAGGAGCGCGAGUGUCCUCUCUGUCGCCUCGUGGGACCCUAUGUCCCCCUAUGGCUCGGCCAGGAGGCCGGCCUCUGUCUGGACCCUGGACCACCCAGCCAUGCCUUUGCACCCUGCGGCCAUGUCUGCUCUGAGAAGACUGCCCGCUACUGGGCCCAGACACCACUGCCCCAUGGCACCCAUGCUUUCCAUGCUGCCUGCCCCUUUUGUGGGGCCUGGCUCACCGGCGAGCAUGGCUGCGUCCGCCUCAUUUUCCAGGGGCCGCUGGACUAG